AUGCAUGACCCCCGGGAGCCACACUAUGCUCUCAUCAAGCGCAUUCUUCGCUAUUUGCACGGCACAUUGGAUCAUGGCUUGCAGCUUCGUCGCACAGAUGUCUCCAAUCUGGUUGCUUACUCUGAUGCAGAUUGGGUUGGUUGUCCUGACACUCGCCGCUCUACUUCUGGGUAUGCAGUUUUUCUUGGUAAUAAUCUCGUCUCCUGGUCUUCGAAGCGCCAGCCUACUGUCUCUCAUUCCAGUGCUGAGGCUGAGUAUCGUGCGGUUGCUAAUGCUGUUGCCGAGAUGACUUGGUUACGCCAGCUUCUUCAGGAGUUGCAUAUUCCUCUCCAGCGCGCCACUAUUGUUUUCUGCGACAAUAUCAGUGCUGUCUAUUUCUCUACGAACCCGGUGCAGCAUCAGCAUACCAAACACAUCGAGAUUGAUCUUCACUUUGUCCGAGAACGAGUAGCGGCUGGUGCGGUUCGAGUGUUGCAUGUUCCUACCUCCUCCCAGUAUGCUGACAUCUUCACCAAGGGACUGCCGUUGUCGAUAUUCACUGAGUUCAGCCGCUCUAACCCCCCUGAGCUGAGCUGGGCUGUCGAGCAUCCUCCAUCUUCCUCCUCCCGCGUCAACUCCCCAGUCAAACACUCAGAUCUCCCUCCCAAACCUUUCCCCUCGCCGCGACCACUACUACAACCACACCAUGCCGUCGCUCGCCGCCGCCUGGCCGUACCGGUCGCCGCGCUGCUGUUCCUCUUCACGGCGUCCGCCUCGGCCGCCAACUUCACCUGCGCUGCGAGGGCCGCCUGCCAGUCCGCCAUCGGCUACGCGGUCCCCAACGCCACCACCUACGCCGAGCUCGUCUCCCGAUUCAACACAACCACGCUCCGCGACCUCCUCGGCGCCAACGGGAAGUGCGCUCCUGUUAAACUUAUACUACAUAUGCUUCAAUUAACACAUGCAAAUCGUAUUAUGGCGCUUACAAUCUUACGAUUCCAAGUUUAUGAAUUCCGUGACCUGGUCCUAACUGCUUGUGGAAUUUCGGUACACUUAGUUUGCCAUUCAUCGAUCAGCAGCACCUCAGCUGAUCACAAUCUGCUCGUCCCAAAUGGCACUUACGCAUUCACCGCACAAGACUGCAUCCAUUGCAGCUGCAGUACAAGCUACCAGCUAAACUGCACUGCGGUUCAAGGCAACGGGUGCCCGACAGUGCCGCCGUGCUACGGAGGACUGAAGCUUGGGCAGACGAACGGAACAGGUUGCGGGUCCGCGAUGUGCGCGUACAGCGGUUAUUCCAACAUCACGCCACUCAGCAUACAGACCACUCUUGUAGCUAACCAGACAGUGUGCCAGAGGGGAGGAGCUGCGAGGUCGGAGUUUGCCGGGUCCAUGUGGCGGAUGUCUGUUCUCUCCUUCCACAUGGUGUUGAUCCUGAUCUGCUCUUCCUUUGAUGUUAGAGGUUAGAGCUCAAGAUGGUAUGUGAUGUGCGAUGUGAUUGCUGUUGUAACUUUGCCUGUCUGUUACGUCUGGUUUGUCCCAAUUUUGUUGGCAUUUGGUAGAGCUGUUUGAAUAAAGCAAAGAUAAGUUUGCAUCUGGAAGUGGAUACUUACUAGAUUGGAUGAUCCAAUAAUGGAUCUCA